AUGGCUCCGCCUAGCGUGGGAACAUGGUUUGCUGCGGUCGACCAGGGCGACAUAGCGACUAUUCGUGCGGCGGCGAGCGAGUGUGCGUCUCUGCGUGAUGAGAAUGGAGAGACUGCCCUUAUGCGCGCUGUUCGUAGCGACAAUUACGAUGCUGUAAAGGUUCUGCUUCAUAAUGGUAGUGGGUUUACGAAUUCUGAUGGGCUUACCGCUCUUAUGAUCGCUGCGAUCGUUAAUAAGGCCAGGUGCUGCCGUGCGCUGGUAGCUAAGGAGUCGCAUCUGAUCCUUCCAGAUGGGCGCACCCCUCUUAUGCUUGCUGCACAGAAUGGCUCUCUGGAUGCAGCAAAAGCCCUUAUGCCUUACUACGUCACCAAAGUAGAUAGUCGUGGACGCACAGCUCUUAUGUAUGCGGCCGCACGCGGAGAUCUUUCUAUCGUGGAAAUCUUGCACGCUCGCGAGUGUAAGUUUUCCUCUUCGGAGCAUGAGACUGCCCUUUCUAUUGCAAUCAUGCAUCACCAUCAUGAUGUGGUGGAGUUUCUACGAUCAUCAGAAGAGGACACAAUGGCGAUGCUAUCUGAAAGCGCACGCCUUAGUAUGUCUCGCCGCACAGAUCUAGAUGCCUCACUGGUACCGUCGAAUCUUCUCAACCACUCUACUGCGUCUCAGGAUUCAAGCACUUCUGACUUGAUUAUGAGCCAGGCUGACCUCUCUGAACGCCUGGAGACAACAAAGGCCAUUGCACUUUCUGAACUUAACACAAUGAAUUUGGAACUGAAGACACGAAUAGGAAAGCUUCAUGAGGAUGCAUCCGAACUUAUGAGUCGUAAUGCUAAUUUGCAAGUGGAAAACAAGCGUCUUCAUGAGCGUAUCCAGGAGCUUCUCCGUCACAAUCAGGAGCUCAAAUUGGAGCUCGAUGAUGAGCGAAGAUGCCACCAAGAUACGGCGGAGCAGGUAAAAGAGUUGACUGACAUGACGCAGACGUUGCGCGACUUGCAGUCGAAUAAUAUGCUUUCUGAGUCUCAAGCCGAUUUUGGCCAGAGAUACGGCGCCCUAGAGCUAUCGAUUGCUCCCGAUCCCCCUGGCGCACCCACAGAAUCUUUGGAGAAGAAUGAUGAGAUUGCCGCACUAAAAAUGAAAAUUGCUGCGCUUCCAGCUCACGAUUCAUCUGAGCUUUCCGAGAGACUUGCCAGGGAAGUAGAGGAAAAGGAUAGGAUCAUUGAUGAUCUGAAGAAGCAGCUUUCUGAGCAGAUUGAUGCUUACAAGACGCUUAACGCCACCAUUGAAGAGUUGCGCGGUCGGAUUUGUUCAGCUGAUAAUCAAUUUUCGCCAUCAGAUAAGAUAGAAACAGGAGCAGAUGAGCAUAGCAUGACUAAAGAGGCUCACUCUCAAAGCCCGACAGACCCAAAUGUUCGCAUUCACGACCUUGAAAGCAAAUUGCAGAGUCAGUCUAAUGAUGCAGAUAAGUUCAUGUGGACAGAAGAAAGAGAGAAUCUUGCUGGACUACUUACUGCCCUGUCUGCUGAGAGAGACAAUCUCCAGGAGGAGAACGAAAUGCUUCGCAAUCGCGUCCAGAUCCUUGAAGCAGAAGCAGAAGCUCAAGAACAGGAAGUUAAGGAACUACGCCACCAAAUUCACGACCAGAAGUCCAAAUUGCGGGAGCUUGCCGAGGAGCUUGAUGAGUGCAGGGCCCUAAAUGAAGACCUGCAAAAGUCUGUCAAUGGGGAGCCUGCUGGUGAUGAAGGCAGGAUUGCAGCCCUUGAAAGCCGAAACGAAGAGUUGCUUAGCCAGCUUGUAGCGCGUACGGCUGAGGUAGAUGCACUAAAGAAUGAACUCACUACACAAGUUGAACUGGUGCAUGACCGUAUUUCAUGCCUUGAAGCGGAUAAUGCAGAGCUUCAUAGAUGUGUAUCACACCUUGAUGAUGUUAAGAAUGCAUAUGAGCAAGAGCUCAAAGAACUCAGAGAAGUGUCUCUGGCUGCUGCUGCCGAUCGCGCAGAGCACGAGGAGGAGGUCGCCCUCUUCGAGGCCGAGGUCAAGAACCUCCACAACGUCAACCGCCUCCAGGCGCACGAGAUCCACGCCCUCCAAAGAGAGAUCGACGGCCUGACUAGUGCCAACGACGACUUGCGCGCAUCUGUGUCGGGCGCCCCGAGCGGAGACGACGCGCGCGUCUACGCCCUCGAAGAGCGCCUCUCUGCUCUCCAGAAGGAGGCUGCAUUCAAGACCCAGGAGAUCGCAGACCUCCAGAGGACCGUGGGCGAGCUGGGCGACUCGUCGUUCCUGCUGGAGCGCAUGAAGGAAGAGGCGGCCCGCCACGAAAAGGAGAUAGCCAAGCUCCGCGACAGGCUUGCGGCGCGCGACCAGGACGUCCAGGACCUGGAGCAGGAGUGCGCCGGGGCGAGGGCCCGCAUUCGCGCGCUAGAAGCAGUAUCUGAUACUACAGAUUCUGAUGCAUCUCACCUUAUGACAACUAGUCAAUCACGAGAUAAGCCUUUGGCUGUCAAUGUUUCUGAGGUUGAAUUUUUAGAAUUGAAGAAUCAACUUGAAUGUCUCAAAACAGAGAAGGCUGAAUUAGAGUAUACUCUCGAUAAUGCCUUGCUUACUAUAAAUUCACUUAAACAAACGGGGGAUCUAGAUGCGCUAAAAGACCAAAAUGAAAGACUACGCGAGGAAGCUGAUCGUUUACGUGAUUUACUUGACACUAAAGAAGAUGAUUAUCCUAUAGCGAUUUUGGAGGAAAAACUGAAAGAAACUAGAGCACAACUUGAUGAAGCUAAUCAUAGGUUGCUGGAAUUGCAGGAGAGCGUACAGGACGGGUCUACUCGUGAUACUACUCAUAGUCAAGACUUCCAAGAGUUGGAACAAGAAAACAUUGAGGCGAAACUUCGCAUUCGGACUCUGGAAGACGCUGUUGCACAUCUGCAGGACAAAUUAAAUAGCAACAUUUCUAACGAUAAAUCUCUCUCUGAAGAAAAAGAACCUCGUGAUUCUUUGUCCGCUGAGCAAUCCAAUUUCAUUACUUCUUUAGAGGAUCACAUUGCCAAGCUCCAAUUUGAAUUAGCAUGUGUUGCAGAAGCCUUAGAAGAAUCACAGAAUAAAUGUGAUCUAUAUGAACGUCAAUUGAACUCGUUCACUGCAGGUGAUUUCUCACCGUCGACCAAACAACCAGCGGAUUCUGAGACUGAUAUUCAAAUGCUUAUACAGUCUAAUGAGUAUUAUUCGGCUCAGCUAAAGCUGAAGAGCGAUGAGGUAGCAUCAUUACAACAUCAAUUAGAUGAUUUACUGUCUAACAAUAGUCCUUCUUUGAAUGAAAAAUUAACUGCUAUGCAGCUUACUCUUCAAAGAAAAGAUGAGGAUAUUGCUCUUCUUAGAGGUGAAAUUUCCGAAUUGAAGGCCCACAUUGAGAGCUCGAUACUGCCAUCAGCCCAGGACUUAGAAGAAACUUUGGAGAAUCGCCGCGCACUGAUCCAGGUAUUGGAUGAUGAAAUUAAGGACAAAAGGAGAGAUUUGAAAGAUUUAGAAUUACAAAUUGAGGAUAUCAAGGCUCGUCAGCCUAUGGAUCCGAAUGAUGAUUCCUUAAAACGUAUUACCGAGUUAGAAGAUAAUCUUCAACUUAGGGAACUAGAACUGCAACAACUACGUGAUCAAGCCGCUGAAGAUAAUGUGAUUCCUCUGAUUACACUAGAACCAUCAGGCAACGCAACUAUUUUGCCUAGUGACGGAACCAUUCUAGAAAACGAGCGUCAGCUACUUUGCAAACGUGUUGCAGAUCUUGAAAGAGAUAUCAAGCUACUUGCGGAGACAACUGUUGAUCGCGCAGAGCACGAGGAGGAGGUCGCCCUCUUCGAGGCCGAGGUCAAGAACCUCCACAACGUCAACCGCCUCCAGGCGCACGAGAUCCACGCCCUCCAAAGAGAGAUCGACGGCCUGACUAGUGCCAACGACGACUUGCGCGCAUCUGUGUCGGGCGCCCCGAGCGGAGACGACGCGCGCGUCUACGCCCUCGAAGAGCGCCUCUCUGCUCUCCAGAAGGAGGCUGCAUUCAAGACCCAGGAGAUCGCAGACCUCCAGAGGACCGUGGGCGAGCUGGGCGACUCGUCGUUCCUGCUGGAGCGCAUGAAGGAAGAGGCGGCCCGCCACGAAAAGGAGAUAGCCAAGCUCCGCGACAGGCUUGCGGCGCGCGACCAGGACGUCCAGGACCUGGAGCAGGAGUGCGCCGGGGCGAGGGCCCGCAUUCGCGCACUGGAGGAGGAGGUCCCUGACUCACAAGUUCAAGACCUUACUGCAGAGUUAGAAGCGCGCACUGCUGAGAUUGAUGAGUUACGUCGUCUUAUUGAUGAUAGUACAGUAGACAAGAAAUCUGAUGUUGACACUGAGGAAUUGCGAAAGGAUUUGGCUCAUGUUACAGCCGAAAGAGAUAGCCUACGUGACGAGGUUUCUAAACUCAACAAAACUAUUAUUGAUCUGGAGCAGUCACUGGACGCUAUCAAUGCACAAGUAUCAACAUCUGACGCAGAUAUUUCGAGGUUGAAUGAUGAACUUUCAACCCUUAAGGAUCAAUUGAGCUCUAAGUGCCUAGAAUUAGAAGAGGCUAAUUCAAAGAUAGAUUUAUUGAAAGCUGAACUGGAAGAGAAAACGAUUGAGAGUGCCUCUUCUAAUCCUGAUCUCUCAUCGAUACCAAGCCUAGCUAGGUCUACUUCUAGGAGUACCCAGAAUCUAGGUGAGCUGUCAUUGGAUGAGCUUCGAGAGUUGCUUGAUUCUGAAAGAAGACGCAUUAAGAAGCUCAACAAUAAGAUUACGGCGCUAAUGACUGAAAAGAAUAUCCUCAACGAUCAAAUUAACGCCAUGAAGACCAGCUCUGCCAAGAAUUUACCUCUGCCUGCUGCUCCUGUUUUGGAGGAGCCCUCUUUGGCAACUGGCACAGACGAUGUUAGAAUCUCUGAUUUAGAGCAGGCGCUCAAGGACGCCAAUGAACGUGCAGACGCGAAGGAACGUGAGCUAACCGACGCUCUGCAGCGUAUAGAGAACUUGGGCGCACAAAUUUCUCCGUUGGAGGCGGAGCUUUCCUCUCUUCAGGACAGGCUCUCAGCUACCGGUGAAGUUAUUGAGAAGUUACGAGCUGAAAAUCAACAACUUAACAAACAGAUUGCCGCGGGCGCUCAGUCUGAAGAACUUAUCACGUCUCUAACAAGGGAGCUGGAGGGGCUGAGAACCGAGAACUCCCAGCUCAAUGCUGUGAAGGAGGACCUCAAAAGGCAGAUAGAGGAUAAAGUUAAGGAGCUUGCGAUUGAGCGCCAGCAGGCAGAGACACUCAAAUUAUCUCAGAGAAUCCCAGAUAAGAUUGCUAGUGAGUAUUCUGAUCAUGUGGAGAAACCACGAAGCGUCAACGAGUCCGAUGACGUCAUGGAAAGAGCAGACCGAUGCAUCAAUUUUGUUGCUGGAAUGUGUGUUGGUGCAAGUAUGGUGUUUGGUGCUCAAUUCUUACAAACCGUUAUUCAUUAA